AUGCAGCUGAAGGUGAAGGAGACGACGCCGGCCGCCAAGUGCGUGCGGUGGUCCACCGUGACCGUGUACGAGUUCGGUGUGGCGCUGGGCGGCAGCGCCGUGCCCCGCCGCGGGGGGCCGUCCAUCGGGCUGGCGCGCACGCCGCAGCAGGUGUGGAGCGCCUCGCUGGACAAGGUGCGGCGCUGCGGGGACUUGGACCUCGCGCGGCCCGGCGCCGAAGCUGAAGCUGCAGUGGAUGACGCCGAGAUGAAGGAGGAGGUGGAUUUAGUCGCCGCGGACCGCAAGGAGAGGCGCAAGCGCCGCGUGCAGCGCGCUCGGCGAGUGCGCUGGCUCAAGCCGCUGGAGCGCAUCACGAUGCUGACCAAGGCCGGCUGCAGCGAGGAGCGCAUCUACCGCAUGAUGAUGGAGAGCUCGGACAUCGCCAUGUCCAGGAGGCUCUGCGUCUCGAUGCAGCGCCAGGUGGCCGCGUGAAGAGCCCGCGGAAUCAAGCGCCUCGGCGGUGGUAGUGUUACCCCGCCGAGCCACGAGGACCAAGUUGCUGCGGAGCUGCUGGCUGUUGACGCAGUGCGCCCCCAAUAGACCACAAGCGAGUAGACUAUGACAAUGAACGACGACUAUUUACUGUGUACC